UGUUGUAGCAAACAGUUUCACGUGCGUUCUCACACGGUAUUUAAAGAAGUCGUUUUUCUCAUUCAAAGUCAGUGUCUUCGCUAAGGGAGUUGGAGAAGGAGCAUUUCUAGAAAGAGAAAGUCGUGCCUUGAUAGCCUAACCUAGUUCUAUUCGACAACAGCGGAAUUGUCCGUAACAAUAAAACAGCCAUGAAGGCUUUGGCAUUUAUUCCAAUUUUGAUGGUAUCCGUUUUGGCUGUACCCCAAUACGGAGAAGUUGCGCAUGUUGAACCAGCUUUGACUUACGAUUCUUCAGCUUAUCACUCUUCUGGAACUGGAGGACGUCCACAACUUGACGAAAUUCAGAAGCAAUGGGAGAGUUUCAUUGAAUACCUCCCUUGGCUGAAGGGACCUCCUGGGCCACCAGGACCACCAGGAGGGUCUUCUUCUUCGGGUGGUGGUGGCUAUGGCGGCGGUGGUGGCGGCGGCGGCGGCUACGGCGGCAGUGCUUACGGAGGUAGUUCUUAUGCCCCCCAACCGCAAGUCAUUCGUGGACCUCCUGGUCCUCCUGGCCCUCCAGGACCUGCUGGAUACAAGGGAGAAGCUGGAGCUCCUGGAGCUCCAGGUUAUUCUGGAGGACCAGGCCCACAAGGACUUCCUGGAAAACCCGGAGCACCCGGUUACCCCGGACCAAAAGGAGCAGCAGGCUAUAACGGCGCCCCAGGGUCUCCCGGUAAACCAGGCUACAACGGAGAGAAAGGAGCACCUGGCUACAAUGGCUCACCCGGUCUACCUGGAGGCCCUGGUCUUCCUGGCAAAGACGGAUACAAUGGAGCUCCGGGGCCAGCGGGACCAAAAGGCGAAACUGGGCCACAAGGUUACACUAUCCCGUCGAAAAUUCCUGGGCCUCCUGGUGCACCUGGCUACCCCGGUAAAGAUGGAAAACCAGGAUACAAUGGUGGUCCCGGCCCUGUUGGCCCCGUUGGCCCUGCUGGACUUAAUGGACCUCCCGGCAAACCUGGCACCAAUGGCUAUCCCGGCGGACCGGGACCUAAAGGGGAAGCUGGACUUCCUGGCUAUGACGGUGCCCCUGGUAAAGAUGGAAUUCCUGGUACUCCCAGCAAAGUUCCAGGGCCUCCAGGACCACUUGGACCUUCUGGUCCUCCUGGCUACAAUGGUGCUCCUGGCAAAGAUGGACUUCCCGGCGCUCCUGGUUAUCCGGGCAAGGACGGAAAACCUGGAUACACAGGAAGCACAGGUGCUCCAGGACUUCCGGGUAAACCAGGCAAGGAUGGCUAUCCCGGUCCAGUUGGAACUCCUGGCUACUCUGGCGGCCCAGGACCCGUUGGCCCACAAGGUAAACCCGGUGCUCCUGGAUACCCUGGCGGCCCAGGACCAAUCGGCCCGAUCGGUCCUCUAGGCCCUGUCGGACCUCAAGGCAAACCUGGUGCUCCAGGUUAUCCUGGUGGACCUGGGCCAGUAGGACCUCAAGGGCACGUUGGGCCCGUGGGACCUCAAGGGAAACGAGGCUCUCCUGGAUAUACAGGCCCCGCUGGACCUCCGGGGCUUGCCGGACCUCCAGGACAGUCAUAUCAAGUUCCCGCCUAUGAACCAGCCGCCUAUGAACCCCCGGCAUCAGGAUAUCAAACCUUGCCAGUUCAACAAAGCUACGAAGAGUGGUCACCCCCAGUUCCAAGCUAUGGUUAAAAUCAUUCUUUCUAGCUAGCCGAGAAAGAUGUGCUACUUUUUCUUGCUUCAAUGCCCAAUCACUUUUGACGAUCGUAUGAAAGUGUAUAGUUGAGACUUUUAUGAAAUUUUAAAGUUGUAAAUAAAUUCAAUGAAA